AUGACCACUAUGCAACCAGCAUUGGAACUCCGAAAGAAAAUGCGUGGGAAUGCUGCCCGAAAGCUUCAAAGCAACGUCCCAUUUGGCGAAAACAUCCGCUCAGUGCUAGCCCUAAAAUACGUUGUUCACCUCCAUGCGUCGCUGCAACUCUGGUUUGGCCGUCUACCAUCAAAUCGCUCACAUGCGACCUCUUUAGAUCUGCGUGGCAGAGUCACCGGACUUCGAUCUCAGCUUGAGCACCUUAGUCAGUGCAAUAAACAUUCAAAACAACAGUUAAUUACUCCAUCUAGUUACUUUCACAAAAUGGAGCUAAGGAGCUGCAGCCAUUUGCAUUUUAUUCGGACUGUCAAAGCUGGCUUAGAGAUCAAAAUACCUAAUGUGGUUCGUGGAAGGCCAGCACUUAAGUUUAAGCCAGUCAAAGAUUUAUAUGAUUAUGGAGUUUCCAGCUCCCAUGGUUUACUUCCAGAAAAAGUUGAGGUUGAGGACUUGCCUUUUGACUGUUACAGCUUUCAGAUUGAAAGCAAGUUUAUUCCAGUGGCAGAAAGUACAAUCAGAGUAGAACCAGGAACUUCCCAGUGUAACUUCAGUCCAGGUGACGGAGUGAAAGUUGACUUGGACGAUCUUGUGACAUUGAAACAAAUCAAGGAGACGUGCAAAGCAAAGAAAAGGAAACGUUAUACUUUUGUAAGUUUGGGUAAAGAAACUAUUGAAAAUUGCUCCAUUUUGAAGGAAGAGCAUCCAUACUCACAGCCUCAAGAUGAAUGUGAUCUCUUGGAGCCUCUUAGUUUGUGGAAAUCAAGGCUUUCGAAGAAGAGGAAAUCCAAGAGGAAGGUCAUGUCAAAAAAUGUUUCUACUGCAUUUGAAAAUGAUCUCUCUGCUGUCAAAUCUGAACAAAUCCCCAUUGAUCAAGAUUUCUUUCAUUCGGAGGAUGAUCUUCCAGUGCCUAUCAACAUUAAAGUUGAGUUCCCUGUGCACGAUUACACUGAUUGCCAGAAUGCGAUCCACGAAAUCCAGGAAUCUUCUUUCAGUUUUAACAAUGAUGGUUGUGGUAGUAUGGUGGUAUCAGAUAAAGAACCAGGAAUGGCUACUGAUUGUGUUUUUGAUGCUGGGGCUUUAGAUUUCUGCACUACUGAGCCCCUAUGUUGUCUUUCUGAUGCUUCAUGCUAUAACUAUAUGGAAUUUGCUGAUUCUCACUCCUAUCUUGAUGUAAUUACCUUGGGAAGGGAAAUUAUAAUGGUUGAUGAUCCACAAAUGACUGAUUACCAGCUCUCGGAUAUGCCUUUGUUGGAAUAUAAAGAACAAAACCAAAACAUCUCCCCACUUCAGCUUGAUGACCCUUGUGAAUCUGUGAUACCUUUGCAAGAUUAUAAGGAACCAUGUUGCUUCAUCUCCCCACUUCAGCACAAUGACCCUUGUCGAACCAUCAUUUCAAGUGAGGGUCAUACCUCUGAAGAGCUUGUGCCAUCAAUGGAGGUUGAAAAUUUUUGUCAUUCGGUGGUGCAGCAUCCUCCUGAAAACCUUUUAUCAGCGAGAAAGGUAAUUUCUCCAACUUCUCAGGAAAAGUUGUGCUUGGCCAUGGAGUCCUCUGAACCAGAUGAUCUGGAAUACUACAGAUAUAUGGGAAAAUUAUGCUAUAGAAAAAAGUCUGAGAAUAAAAGUAGUGGAGUUAAAGGACCCAAUCAAGCAAGGAGGGCUGAGGUUGUUGACCAAACAGUUAAGAAACAAAAGAAUAAAAGGAAAAUGUUCAAUUCUAGAGCCAAUCAGAAAGCUCAUCCUUCUCGUGAUGUACCACCUAUUAGCACUGGGUGUCCUACAAUCGAAAGUUUGUCAGAAAAUGCAAUUUUAUUCUCUCAACAACAGAUGAGUGACUUUGAAUAUAUUGCAACUAAACUUGCUCAAGAAUUGAAGUCCAUGAGGGACAUUGUCGAAGCUGCAUCUCAAUCGGGAGUGUAUCCAGCCGCUUCCCUAAAGUACAAUACAGAGGAGGUAAGAAUUGCCAUCAAGAAUGCAACCCGAACCGAAGAGACUACAAGAAGAUGGCUUUCUGUUACGGCCAGGAACUGCAGCCGUUUUUGUAAAAUCAUGAAAUUGACCGAGAAACAUUCUGAUACUUCUGAAAUUGUGGUGCACAAGGUGAGGAAGAAGAUUGUCUUUGCCGAUGAGGCAGGUGGAAAGCUUUGUCAUGUCAAAGUUUUUGAUAAUAGCACGCCCUCGUUGGCCGUUUAG